ACAUAUGAUCUACAUCUAUAUGAUCAAAUUGGAAAAUAACAACAUAACCAAUAAACAUCUAACAUAUUUUCAUUUUAAUGUUGUUUUAAAUCAACAAUUUCGGGCUUUAAAUACCAACAAAUAUCCAUGGAGCUUGAUUUUGAGGACCUAAUAUCGCAGAGCAUCAUCACCAACGAUGACGAUUCAGAUAACGCAAAGAGUGUAUCAGUGAAGACCACUCAAAGCAAAGAGUAUGACCUAGUUUACAACAAAAACGACUCAUCUUUCCAUAUUAAAGUUAAAAAAGAUGGUUUUAUCUGUGAUGAAUGCGGUGAGAUCUAUGAAGAAGAACAUGAGCUGACCAACCAUAAACGCCUGCAGAAGUGCAGGCGAAAAUACAAAACCAAAGCUGAGCUCAAAGAAAUCCCAUUGGAAUACAAUGUGAAUAGGUUUCUCCAGAUAGACCUCUCCACCUAUCAUGAAAUCAUUGAUGACAAUGAGGACAACUCACUGGAAAGCGACGACUUCAACGACGAGAACAGCGAGAAACACAAACCGAACGAAAAAUUCACAUGCACCGAAUGCGGACGCGUUUGUGCGAACGCCGUUGGCCUGCGAAUGCAUACCCGAGUGCACAAACCGAAGCGUGGACGCAAGACGUGAUUUCCAUCCUUAAAUAUUAACUUAAACUAAUUCAUUACAUUAAUUUCGGGUCUGUAUGUGUUGACUUUGCGUAUGAAUGCAGCAAAUUGCAAUUUCUCAUCUUAUUACAAUGUUUCGUGUAAAUAAUUCAUCAUUACAAUUACAAUUGGAAUUUCAUUAGGACAUACAUUAUUUUGCUAAUAAACUGAUAAUUACUUGCUUUA